AUGUCUUCUCAUUCUCCGCUCCCGAAGCAAUACGAAGAUAAGGCCGUCCAAACCGACACCACCGUCCCGUCUCUCGCUCGCGACACCCUGUGCUCAAUUACCUCCGGAUCGCGCUCUGAAUAUUCAAGUCACUCUCUAAGUGCGCUGGACUCUUCAGAUCCUGAACAUGAAACCGAAAACACCGCAUAUAUGCACCCGCACACUCAGGCAGUCAAGAACUCGGAUCCGCCCACGUCUCUGUCUCCUUGUCCGGUUCGCAAAGUAUGGAUAGAAAGUUCCCGCCCUUCUGCUUUUGACACCAGCUUCUCGAAAAGAGUGGUCUCUCUCCCAGAUACGCUGGACGAUGCAGCUCUUCCACGAGUUGAAAAGCAGCUGCGAAUUGUCUCGAUGCCAGAGCAAAGACGUGGUCACUCCAGACUUGGUUUGGGUAUUGCUUUCUCCCCGAACGACAACAUCGGUGCCUACGAACAUGUUCGCGGCUCCAACUAUAACAAGCCGUAUCCUUCCGACCUACCCCAGACCCCGUCUCCACCCUCUUCGCCGGACUCAGUGAUGAUCAUCUGUCAUGAAGCUCAUGUUCCAAACACUCUCCAUCGCAAUUCACGCAGCGCAGACCAGGACGGUUGGAUUACUUGGGCGAAUUCUCCACCACGCCCAAUUCCUGCUCUGCACGGCCCUUUGUCCUUACCAUAUGCUCGGUGCCCGUCUGGUGCUGAAGGCACUGUCAUUGAAGGUGACGACUUGUCGAAUAAGAUCUGGGGCCUCGGGGGAGACGAUUCCCAAAAUGCUUCGAGAUCGACCCGAAAUAAUAACGAUGCUAGCGUCACUCCUGGCUCUCUCGGCAUGGUCGAAUAUCGUGAAUCGCAAUUGUCUUCCCAGCGUCAGAGAGAUGCUGUCAUUGAUCUAGCUAUGCCGUCAACAUUUGCCAAUCGUGCUGGUGCUCCUGCUAAUGUUCUUCCGAGGCGCGUGGCCGAAACUGGAGCUUCCUUUGGUCCUCAGCACAACGCGCACAGUCGAAGCCAGGUUGAGCACCGCUUCCAGGAGACGUCUAUCUUGCGUGGCGCCUCAAGAAACCCUGAUUUCCGACACCUUCAGGUUGAUGCGAAUCGUCUUAGCAGGAACAUAGGCGACCCUCUAGGUCUUGGUCUACAGUGGAGCUCUCCAUCUUCCGGAAGCGCAAAGGAAUAUCGAACUUCGAACAAUCAAGUUGGACCUACAAGACAAAGCCAUCUCAAUACUGCUGCUCCUGUCUUUGUCCCUGAAAACUCUGUUCGCACUCGAAACGACGCAUAUAGUCGUCCUUUAGGAAGCAGUCAAGACAGAGCUUAUUUUUCUCGGCCUUUAUCAACCGUGGACAUCUCACAGCAGUACCGCGCUCAACAGGACUACAACAUUCUGACGCCUCCAAGCUCUUCGUCUACUCAAUGGUCGCCUGUCUUCUCGCGACAGCCUGAUCCUGUUCUGUAUUCAUCUUCUCAGAAGAAACCCAGUCAUGUCUUGCCAAACCAACAGGAUCCAGGGAUAUAUUCUCCUCAGUCUGAUCUUGACGACUAUCCGAGGCAUCUCCUCAUGUUGAUGCAGCAGAUUCAAAUGGGUCGAGAAGGUGAAGUUAUGCACGAAACUUCGGCUUCGUUAGAGUCGCUAGUCUUGCAGGGAGACUCUGCACUGAACGUCGCCCGUUACUCUGCUCCGGCCACUCCUCAUAUCCCUUCUUCGGCAUUGCUGGAACCACAGCAUCACCUCGUCUCUGACGUCGCCCUUGCUGUCGAAGAUCAGAAUGCACCGACAGCUUCGGGCGAUCGUCGUCGCAAUCUUUCAUACCAGCAUCCUCGCUCUAUCCCUCUGGCGCGCCUAAUUCAGCGGAGGCUUUCGUCCGUAGCGGAAGAAGAUAUUUCUGCUGCUAAUUUGGAUUAUAAUAUGUCCAUGUUGAAGAGUAUUCACAUGAAGCCGUAUUUCGACCGACAGCAAGGGCCUAAAGCGCCGAAGGUUCAGCAAGAAGCUCCGACCCAGGCUAACCGCUCUGUGAGCGGUAGUGAAUCCGAAGCCAGGAAGAAGGAUGAACCUCAUGUCGACAGCCUGAGUAGGAGGGACAACCAUCAAGCGGGCGAAAGGGCAGGGUCAAGCGGGCCAGCCCGCUUCCCCAGAAAGCAGAGCGGGGUACAUCCGAGGACGACAGAUCAAAAGACGGAUGCGGGCCCGAACGACGGAAGAGGACCCGCAGCCAAUGACAGCAGCUUUGAGAAGGAGAAUGUGGAUGAAGAUGAAGCGCGGAACGAAAUGCCAAGGAGGUCUAGGCCAGAAGCGCCCAACAGGAAGAUGAGGUAUCGGAGGAGAGGCAGCACCCCCAGUGCACAAGACAAGUCGUCAGAAGCAUAG